AUGAGUCGCAGCCCAGAAAGGAUGUCCUCCUACCGUCGUCACUUUGAGGGUGGAAUCAGCUCCUCUUCCACGCUCCAAGUGCGGGUGUCCAGUCCGUCACCCUCGCGUGGGCCUGCGCGCCACCGCUCCGCAAGUUUCACGCGCAGUGGGACACUGGGGCGCAGGGCGCAAUCUGGCACCCGCAGAUCACGAAUGACCAGUAGUGCGAGUAUGGGUACGCUGUGUCUGGGCAUGGGUUGGGGGGUUGCUGGGGGUGCACUGGAUCUGGAAGCUGCAGCCGCUGAUAAUCAGGCUUUCCUCAGCACUCGCACUAGUGAGAAAAAGGAAAUGAUUGCCCUCAAUGACCGUCUGGCUGUUUAUAUCGAAAAGGUACGAUCUCUGGAGCAGAGCAACAAGCUUUUUGAAGCAGAGAUUGAUGCCAUUAAAGGUCAAUAUGUAAAGCCGUCCGGCCUGCGAAAGCUCUAUGAGGACCAGCUGAGGGAGCUGAGGAGGAUUGCUGACCAGAUGAAAGUCCAGCGGGAUCUGGCGGUGGCGGCACGGGACGCCAUGGCAGGUCAGCUGGAAAUGCUGAAGGUGAAAUACGAGGAGGCUGUGGAGGCCAGGAAGAAAGUGGAGCUGGAGAUUGAAGCCUUUAGGCCGGAUGUAGAUGCAGCAACAUCCGCCCGCAUCGCCCUGGAAAAGCGACUGGAAAACCUAGAAGUAGAGCUUGAAUUCCUGCAGAGGAUUCACAAAAAGGAAAUUGAGGAGUUGAUGGCACAGAUUUAUGGAUCUGUGGCUAAGGUAGAUGUGGCUUUCUCUUUGCCUGACCUGGCCAGCGCCCUCAAACAGAUCCAGGAUCAAUAUGACAACAUCGCGGCCCAAAACCUGCAGGAGAUGGAUGCUUGGUAUAAAACGAAGUUCCAAGAUCUAAACAAAGCAACAUCACAGCAUGUGGAAACAACGAGGAGCGUCAGACAGGAAAUCACCGGUUUCAAGAAAGAUAUUCAAAAUAAGCAGAGAGAAUUGGAUGCUCUUAACACCAGGAAUGAGGCACUGAUGCUACAGAUCAAGGAAGCCCAGGAGAAAUACAAGAAAGAGGAGGAGGAGCUAAAGGCCCGUAUAGAAGCACUGAAGGAGGAUCUGAAGUCUAUUAAGGGCAGGAUUGCACUGUUGCUGAGAGAAUAUCAGGAUCUGCUCAAUGUGAAGAUGUCAUUGGAGAUUGAAAUCACCACAUACAGGAAGUUGAUUGAGGGAGAAGACAGCCGCUUGUCCACCAUGGUGGGCGGUCUGUCUCUCAUGAGCGGUACUAUGAUGAGCAUGAGCACAGGUAUGUUCAGCUCAGCAGCCCGCACUCAGGGAGUCAAUGGAUCAGUGAGCACUACAGCCUCAGAGAAGGUGGUCUCCUCCUCCAGCAGCUCAGAGAGCAAGACAGUUGACCAGAACCAUCACGAGUCUGUGGAGGAUUUCACCCAGGAACAGGCCGUGGAGAUGACGGAGAGAAAGACAGACCUCAUCAGUUAAGACAGAAGAGGACAUGAUUCAGAGGGACACAGAGGAAAGCACCAUCACCAUCUCUUGCGCCGCGGAUGAGAACGAUUGAAUGAAACCCUUUGAGCCAUGAAGUCUAGUCCCACAUUUCCAAAUCAAAGUUCAUUUCAUCCACUCCUUUGUUACUUAGGGUUAGGAUUUUAUCACCCCUCUAAUCCCUAAAUUUCUCUAGAUUGUAUCUUGCUAUAGUUCUCGGUCUCUAUAUUUCAGAUCUAUGACUUGAUGGAAUACAGAUGGUAGUAUUUUAGAUCAAUUAUCAGAUAAGGGGACUUUGCUGGAGUUGAGGAUCAGACCUCAUGCCUCACUGCUAUCAGAACCUGUGACAAUAAACAAAAAACACACAUAUUGCAUCAUUUACUGCCUACUUUGUGCUGUGACUAAACUGCUAAAACAGUGUUUAAAGGGAUAGUUCACCCAAAAAUGAAAAUUCUCUCAACAUUUACUCACCAUCAUGCCAUCCCAGAUGUGUAUGACUUCCUUUCUUCUGCUAAACACAAACAAAGAUUUUAAGAAGAAUAUCAGUAGCUCAGUAGGUCCAUAAAAUGCAAGUGAUUGGUGCCAAAACUUUAAAGCUCCAAAAAGCACAUAAAGGCAGCAUAAAUAAGACUCCAGUGGUUUAAUCCAUGUCUUCUGAAGAGAUCCAAUUGGUUUUGGGUGAGAACUGACCAAAAUGUAUAUCUUGCCAUUGCACUUUUUUGGCACGAUCAUGAUUUGACAUGAUGCAUGCACAGAUGAUGCUAGGAAGUGUAAUCGAGCUUGAAAUCAUGAUUGCCAAGGAGACUGCAGACGUCACGAUAUAUAGUUGCAUUUAAAGGAGUUACAUUUUUGUCUGUUCUCCCCUAAAACCGAUUAGAUUUCUUCUGAAGACUUGGAUUAAACCACUGGAGUCUUAUGGAUUACUUUUAUGCUGCCUUUAUGUUUUUUGGAGUUUCAAAGUUUUGGUCACCAUUUACUUGCAUUGUAUGGACCUGCAGAGCUGAGAUAUUCUUAUAAAAAUUUGUUUGUGUUCUGCAGAAGAAAGAAGGUCUGGGAUGCCAUCGAAACAUCUGGAAUGUGAUGAGGGUGAGUAAAUAAUGAGAGAAUUUUCAUUUUUGAGUGAACUAUAUCUUAUAAGCCUUUAACCUCCUG